GACUGUCGCAACUGUUGCUUGCGUUGUGGCCAGCGCUACGGUAAUAAGGGUGUUGAGUCUGUCUCACAAUCACGACUGCAAAAGUUCGUUCCAACGACAAGGUAGGAGUGCCGCGAGAUCGACGUCACAUCUUGAUGCGCUUGCAGAUUGUUUCCCAUUCACCUAUCCUUUCCUGCUCAUGCUCUCAUUAUCGUCAAGACGGACCCUGAUAACGGCAAGAACCAUGAAACUCGACAGCGCCGUCGUAAGCCUCUUGGGCCUUGACCCUAACCAAACCUCCGUGUCAAGCGCCGGUGGCGGCGGCAUGUCUUCCGCAUCAACGUGCAAAAUCACGACCAAGACACCAGAUGGCGGUGACAUGCAGUACUUCAUGAAGACAGGCAAAGGCCGAGAAGCCGAGAUCAUGUUCGAAGGCGAGGACGCAAGCCUCAAUGCUAUCCACAACGCCGUCCCAACGCUCUGCCCCAAGUCCUUCGGCCAUGGCAAGUUCGCGGACACGACGGGCAAAUCCUUCCUUGUGACCGACUAUCUCGAUCUGUCAGGACGCGGUGCUCCGAGCGUAGGCAUGUCAAUGGCGGAGAAGCUUGCCAAAUUGCACACCACCCCAGCACCAACGCCGAAAGGCUAUGACAAGCCGCAAUUUGGCUUUGCCGUCCCUACUUGUUGCGGCGAUACUCCGCAAGACAACACCUUCUCGUCUUCGUGGGCGGACUUCUACGCGAACAGCCGCUUACGCUUCAUUUUGAACCAAUCGAAGAAGUCUAAUGGAUCCGAUAAGCAGCUUGAAUCGCUCGUGGAACAAACAUGCACGCAAGUAAUACCGAGACUAAUCGGCGACAAGCAUCUGAACAGCGGCAAAGGGGUCACGCCUGUGGUUGUACACGGCGAUCUCUGGUCUGGUAACGCCUCCGCAGGCAGAUUACCCGGUAUGACCGAGCCGGAAGAUAUCGUCUUCGACUCUUCGGCUUGCUACGCUCAUUCGGAGUAUGAGCUCGGCAUCAUGAAGAUGUUUGGUGGCUUUGGCGCAAGCUUUCUGAGCGAAUAUCAUAAGCUUGUUCCGAAGACGGAGCCUGUUGAUGAGUAUCCGGACCGGGUGGCGCUUUACGAACUCUAUCAUCACCUCAAUCAUCAUGCCCUCUUCGGCGGUGGAUACAGAAGUGGUGCAAUGAGCAUCAUGCGCAAUCUCAUCAGCAAGUAUGGUGAUAGUGACAAGAGCGAACUAUGAGCGAUAGCGCAUACCAGGGUCAUAUAAAAGCAUUCAGCACAGCGACGUUGCUACUUUGGUACCAAGAUGGUCCGCACAAUACACGUCUCGCCGUUAUCGGGACAAACGUUUGUCCGAUUGAGCUGCUUGUCCUCCGGUCCUGUGGGUCCGCUGGUAUACUUGUACAGGCCGUUUAUAUCGAAGAUGGUCUUCUGUCUCGGGUCGCUAUCCGGGUACUGCCGGUCGCCCCACUGGCCGACAUAGUACAACCAAUUCACCGGCGUGCUGUCGUCGUACGCGGCGAAGGUCGAGGUGCUGGCAUUGUAGGUAUAGUAGUAAGCGCUGAGAGUUGGAUCCCAGAUUGGGCCGGCGUCGGUAUGGUCUUCCACCGGGCCGAAUGGGAGAUUCAAGUUCGGGAUGCUAUGAUCAUGAGUGCCGCUGAUAGCGUAGUUGGCGUGGCUGCCGUUGGCGCUGUAGACAACAGGC